AUGGAUGCUAGUAAGAAAUAUGAUAAUCCUAAUCCAAAGUUGUCAGCAAAUCUCCUUAGUAAAUUGAUUUUCUGGUGGUUGAAACCCUUGUUUUCCUAUGGAAGAACCCAUGAUCUUGAAAUUAAGGAUAUUUACAAUGUUAUGCCAAAAGAUGUUAGUCAGCAUCUUGGUGAUAAACUGGAAAGAAAUUGGAUCAAAGAAGUUAAAUCAGCAGAAGGGGCUCAUAGAAAACCUAGUUUUUUCAAUGCUUUAAGAAAAACAUUCGCAUGGUCAUUUGCUUAUUAUGGAGGAUGGCAGUUCUUUUUAGCAGUUGUUUUAAGGGUUUUACAACCAUAUGUAUUAGGUCUCCUCAUUUGGCAUUUUGAUCCUAGAGCAAUGUCCACUGCCACUCAGGCAUACACGUAUGCUUCAGCUGUUGUACUUAUGUCUUUAUGUAUAGCUUUGAUUACUCAUCACUCUACCUUAGGUUUAAUGGAAGUUGGAAUGAGAAUGAGAGUAGCAUGUUCUUCUUUAAUGUACAGGAAGAUUUUACGUUUGUCAAAAUCUUCUACCAAUGCCACUACUCCUGGACAAAUUAUAAAUUUAUUGUCAAAUGAUGUAGCAAGAUUUGAACAAUUAUUCAUCACGUUGCAUUACAUUUGGAUCCUACCUAUUCAAGGUGCUCUGAUUACUUUCAUGAUUUGGAAAAGCGUCGGAAUUGCGUCAUUAGCUGGUGUUUUUCUUAUCAGUAUCCAAACUAUACCUCUUCAAGGAUACAUGGGGAAAUGGAUAUCAAAGUUGAGAUUAAAAAUUGCAGUUAGAACAGACGAAAGAGUACGUUUAAUGUCAGAAAUAAUUGGGGGAAUUCAAGUUAUCAAAAUGUACACUUGGGAAAAACCAUUUGAGAAGCUUGUUAGCCUUGUUAGAAGUCAUGAAAUAGACGUUUUAACGCUUACAUCGUACUUACGUGGCUUUACCUUAGCUACUUUCGUGUUCACUGAACGAACAACGUUAUAUUUUACAAUUAUGGCGUACGUACUUCUCGGAAACAGUAUAUCUGCCGAUAAAGUAUUUUCAAUGGCCCAGUACUUUAAUAUUCUUCAACUUACUAUGGCAAUAUUAUAUCCUAUGGCUGUAUCAGCUGUUGCAGAAGCUUCUGUAUCUAUUAAGAGACUUCAGAAUUUUCUUUUGUUGAAUGAAAAUAAUAUCACCAACACAAUCGACUCCAAACAACCCAGUGGAAAUGGUGGUAUCAUAAUGAAAGCUAUUACAGCAUCUUGGUCUGAAAAUGCGAUUGCAAAAACAUUGUGUGAUAUUAAUACUCAAAUAGAACCAGGGAAACUUUGUGCUAUUGUUGGUCCAGUUGGUGCGGGAAAGAGUUCGUUUCUUCAAUUAAUUUUAAGAGAACUGCAACAAUCACACGGAGAAAUACGAGUAAAUGGUAGCGUAUCUUAUGCGAGUCAGGAAGCAUGGUUGUUUUCCGGCACAGUUCGUAAUAAUAUACUUUUUGGGCAACCGUAUGACAAAAAGAAAUAUAACGAAGUUGUUAGAGUAUGUGCUCUCACUAAAGACUUCCAACAAUUUAAUUAUGGAGACAAAACUUUAGUUGGAGAUAGAGGUGCAUCUCUCAGUGGUGGACAACGUGCGAGAAUAAAUUUGGCUAGGGCAGUGUACAGAAAUGCAGAUAUUUACUUAUUAGAUGAUCCGUUAUCUGCGGUUGAUACUCACGUGGGCAAACAUUUGUUCAAUGAAUGUAUCAAACAUUAUCUUCAGAAUAAAACGAGAAUUCUUGUAACUCAUCAAGUACAACAUUUAAAAAGCUGCGAUUACAUUAUUGUAUUAAAUAAUGGUGCAAUUGAAUGUGAUGGUACGUUUGCAGAGCUUCAAAAUAAGCAUACAAAUUUCUUAAGUAUGCUUUCAGUGGAAGAAAAUAAAGGAGAUGCAGAAGUUACAGAAGUCGAUGAAAAUUCUACCCCUGAUAUAUCUAUUAAUUCCGGUAACAGUAAAGAUGACGAUGAAGCAGAACCAGAAGAAACAGAGGAAUUAAUGGCUAAAGGAAACAUUUCUAAAUCUCUUUAUUGGAAAUAUUUCCGAGCCGGGGGUUCCAUGCUGAUGAUCCUAACUUUCAUAUGCAGUUUAAUUUUGGGGCAGACAGGAAGUAGUGGUUCCGAUUAUUGGGUUGCUUACUGGACUAAACAAGAGGAAAUGCGCAUAAAAAAUGAUUAUACUAAACACUUGUUGCAAAUACAACCACAGAAUUUCAUUGUUCCUUCAUCCGUUGAUGAAGGAGAUGUAGAUAAGUUAGUGAAUAAAACUGCAACUGAUAUGGAUAACCUUAAUGCUACACUUUCAAAAGUAUUAGCAAUGUCAGAGAAUAGAAGUUCUGAUAAUGCUACGUGGAGUAUUAAUGGAAUAUCCACUGAUACGAGUUAUCUCGAUCGUGACACUGCUUUGUGGAUUUAUGGAGCUUUCAUCAUCGCCAGUAUAGUGCUGACGUCGAUAAGAAAUCUCGUAUUUUACAAGAUAUGCAUGAAUGCUAGUAAAAAUCUUCACAAUCUCAUGUUUUCAUGCCUAUUGCAAGCGCCAAUGCUAUUUUUUGAUACACAUCCGUCCGGUCGCAUCUUAAAUCGUUUUUCAAAAGACGUUGGGGCAGUAGACGAAAUUUUACCGAGAACAAUGAUAGAAUCCAUUCAAAUAUUUGCAGUAAUGAUUGGAAUUUUAACUCAAGUUCUUGUUAUUAAUUGGUGGACAGUAUUUCCGAUGCUAGUCAUGGGUUUUUUAUACUGGCAGAUACGAAAUAUUUAUCUUAAAACAGCACAAGACAUGAAACGUUUCGAAGGAAUUACAAAAAGUCCUGUCUUUUCCCAUGUUACUUCUUCAUUAUUGGGACUAACAACAAUUCGUUCCGCUGGCGCGCAAGAUAUGGUUCGUAAAGAAUUUGAUAUUCACCAAGAUCUUCAUACUAGUUCCUAUUACUUGACUAUAGCAACGAGUACCGCUUUUGGGUUUGCAUUAGAUGUCGUGUCUAUUGGUUUCAUUGCCUUCAUUGCGUACAGCUUCAUUAUUUUCGACGAUGAAAGCACAUUUGCGGGAAAUGUCGGCUUAGCCAUAUCUCAAGUACUAAUCUUAUGCGGGAUGCUUCAACAUGGAAUGCGUCAAACUGCAGAAACAAUCGCGCAAAUGACAAGCGUAGAACGAAUUCUACAAUUUACACAACUCGAUAAAGAGGGACCAUUUGAAAGUGAACCUAAUAAGAAACCGUCUUCACAAUGGCCUUCUAAAGGAGAAUUGAAUUUUGAUCAUCUAUAUUUACGCUACGAAGACUCGGCGCCUCCGGUUCUCAAAGACUUAUGUUUUGUCAUCAAGUCUGGAGAAAAAGUAGGAAUAGUCGGUCGCACAGGUGCUGGUAAAACUUCUCUAAUAUCAGCGUUGUUUCGUUUGGCUAAUCUGGAAGGUGCUAUUCACAUAGAUAACUUUGACACAAAGCAAAUAGGUCUUCAUGACUUACGAAAGAAAAUUUCUAUUAUCCCGCAAGAGCCUGUGCUAUUCUCAGCAACACUUCGAGACAACCUCGAUCCAUUUCAUAAUUUCGAUGAUGCUACUCUUUGGGCUGCACUCGACGAUGUAGAAUUAAAAACGAGCAUCUCUUCUCUAGAUUAUGUCGUGGAACAAGGGGGAGCUAAUUUCAGUGUUGGACAAAGGCAGUUACUUUGUCUAGCCCGUGCAAUCUUAAGAAAUAAUAAGAUUCUACUCCUUGACGAAGCUACAGCAAAUGUAGAUCCUACCACCGACUUUUUGAUACAAAAAACUAUUCGGCAAAAAUUUACGAAUUGCACCGUCUUGACCAUAGCGCACAGAUUAAAUACGAUUAUGGAUAGUGACAAAGUGUUAGUUAUGGAUCACGGACAAGUACUCGAAUUCGAUCAUCCAUAUGUUCUACUUAAAAAUGAACAAGGUCACUUUACUUCUAUGGUCAAGGAAACUGGCAAACUAAUGUCUGAGCAACUGAAAAAAGUUGCAGAAGAGGCUUACAAUGGUAUUUCCUCUCAAUCAGAAUUAAAAUCACUACCACAAGUUCUCAAUGGCAAUACAGUUAAAGAGAAUUAAAAGUUUCAUAACUACCUGCAUAUAUUGUUCCUACAUGAAUGAAUGUCUAUUUUUUUAGCAUUACGUGUAACUGCACUUUUUGCAAACAGAACACUUAAAUAGUAUAAAAUAUAUUUUGAUGAAUAUUAUUUUUUAAUUACUACACCAACAAAUUCUUAAAAAACGUGUUUAAUGUAAAAACAUUGUCCAUGCACAGUGAAGGCAUUCAUAAGUAAGUUGAUGUAAGAUAUGCUACACA